AUGAGCAAAAGGUGUUUAAACGAAAACCUGAAAUGGAAAAUUGCAGAGUUAAAAAAAGUGAAGGCAGAAGAAAAGGCAGAAGCAGCAACAAAAACAGCAGCAGCAGCAACAAAAACAGCAGCAACAGAAGCAGCAGCAGCAGAAAAAAUGAAUGAACCAAAACUAGAUAUGAAGGUCCCUAAAAAUAGAGAAAAGAAUUUUAAUAAGUUAAAGAAUAAUAAAAUAAGUGAUCUUGGUGAAAAUAAAAUCGAAAUAGCAGAUAUAAAAUGUUCACUGAUUGUCAAAAAAGCCCGAGAUGAAAUAACUUCUAAUGUCAGUGAUUGUUUACCAUGA